AUGGCGCCAGCUCUCGGCUACUCCACUCGCACCCCCGUUGCGCUUCCAGCGUCCCCCUCCGCAUCUGCGACGUCGUCGCUGGGUCGCAUCGCGAGCCGUGCGUCGCUUUUCGUCGUAACGCCCACUGCCGCCGCGGAAGCCUUCGACCUUUCUCGUCCGUCCGUUUUGCUCGGAGCCGGCGCUGCCGACUGCUGCCAACCUCUUCCUCUCGACUGCGACUACAGCGGCGCCAGCAGCGCGGCCGGCGUGGAAAUGCAGGAGGGCAGCGGUUCGAACUUCGACGAGUCCGAUAUGUUCAGCGACAUUCCCGCCGAACCGCAGCGCUUCGCGGGAAAACCGUGUGAAGAAUCGACGCAAUCCAACGUGCGCGGAACGAAGAGGGCUGCGGACGGGCCACUGGAGCGGAGAGUCCGCGGAAAGGCAGAAGCGUUCAGCGCAACGAGCGCGGAUUGCCGCGGCGCGCCUAAUGCCAUCUCACCCUCGUCAAGCCUCCCUUGGUGGGUGCUCGAGGCGCUCGGGGAAGAACACGAGGGCGAAGGAGAGGUGGACGGUUGUCCGCCAGCUUCAGCUUCCCCCGCGGACUCUGCCUGCUCCGCCGCUGCAGGCAAUCACCCGCGCGGCACUACCGUGGUUCCUCCUAGUUCUGUAAGCGGAGCUGGUGCCUGCUUAUGGGCGGAAACGCUCGGCGCGGAGGACAUCGGCGCUCUGCUGCAGGCGGAGCUUUGCGGGGACUCAUUUACUGGGCGGAGCGUGGUGGCGGAAGGGGAGGGUUCGGCGGAAGCUGAGGGGCCGUUGGAUGACCUUUGCGCGGAUGCUGUGCUGCACGCGCAGUGCUUUGCGGACGAGGCGGAGAUUGGGGAGAAGCUUGAAGUGGAGGAGCGGGAAGCUGCGCAGUGGGAUGUGGCGGGUUUGGGGAUGUGGUGCUGGGAGGAGCGCUUGGUCGCUUGCUAG